AUGGCAACGGUAACGAAGAACGGCACGGCAACGGAAGGUCACUGGGAGGAGCUAGGACUCAGCAGUAGGUAUAUAAAGCCACCCGCAAAUCUCCCUCUUGCAUCACACUUUAGUUUUCCAUUCUGUUGCAGUUCACGUCCCUGGCAAGCAAUGAAGACUAUUGUCUUUUCAGCUAUCGUCUGCGUUGUUGUGGCAGACAGUCGCUACGGAUCCAACGGGAAUGGAAACGGCUUCGGAGCGCCUCGUCCUCCCACCAACGGCUAUGCGCCCCCAAGCAACACCUAUGGCACGCCCAACGGCGGCUACGGAGUAGACCCUGAGAUCGCCGCUUUGGCCGAGAACAUUCCAGGGGGCGGCGUCCCCGGCGAGGACUACCCCAUCUUGGCUUCCGUGCCCGACACCGGAUUCUCCUGCGAUGCCCAGGCGGUGCAAGGUUAUUACGCCGACACUGAAGCCGGCUGCCAGGUGUUCCAUAUCUGCCAGGACCGCGCCCUCAGGCGCCAACAGGACUCCUUCCUGUGCCCCAACGGUACCAUCUUCAACCAGCAGUACCUGGUAUGUGACUGGUGGUUCAACGUGGACUGUUCUCAAGCUGAGAGCUUCUACUCCGUCAACGAGCUCAUUGGAGUCGUUCCCAAUGCUGGCUAUGCUUAUGCUGCCGCCACCAACGGCCUCUCCCUUAAUGGCAAUGGAAGAAAUGGCAACGGUAACGUAAGAAACGGCAACGGAGGAAACAACGGCAACCAAUAUGGUGCUCCAGCACCUCCUUCCAACUCUUACGUGUAUCUCGGAGCUCCCUGGUUCCUGCCGGUGGUGCAGCGCCGCCCUUCCAAGCUGCCCAUUUCAGGGACGUUCCCCGACUAUUGCAGUGUUCCCCCUCGAUCGAUCGAAUCAUGUGCCUUCGGACUUCUUGUGAUAUCCUACGCCCUUCCGGGGGUGUCUUUUCGGCCCUUUUGCUUCCCUACCCAAACGGAUGCUCCAGUGGCACCCAUUCCGUUCUGCCAGUGGCACUCAUCCCCUUUGGGCUCAUUCGAUGAUAUCUAUUAUCUUAUAUCAGAUGCCAAAAGAUGCCCGGCUGAGUAG